CGUAUGAGUCAUGACGCGAUACUAUUGAGAAUACUAUUGAGCAGUCAACAUGGGCCAUUUGCUUAACAUUCUUAAGAGUUACUUAUAAAGCCCAUAGACUUGACCAUCCGUUGGAUCGUCUCUUAGCUAUGUCUCCAUGCGUGCCUAAGGUACGACACACCCAAUCAUGGCGGAAGAGAACAAACCAACUCCUACAUCUAUUAUGUUAUCUGAACCCCAUGUGGUUGAACUGGACGACUCUUACUAUGACGAAGAAAACGACCCCGAGAUAAUAGAUCCGCAACAGCCUAGUCACGAAGGUUACAGAGAAGGCAAUCAUAUCUUUCGAUUUUCGCGGCUCGAUGACUUAGUUCAAAGCCAUACUGCUGCGUGCGCAGCUGCGAUUAGACGUACUAGACCGUAUAACGAUUGUCAUUCUCGUGAGCUGCACAACGAGCGCCAGAGAGCUAUAUGGCAGCAGAUAAGAACUCAAGCCGAAGCUGAUGAGAAUAUACCCAGAGCGCUGUUCUCGCCUCCACGGACUUACAUCGAAGUGCGAGUAUCAGAAUGGCCUAUCUCAAGUCAUUACUGUUGUCCCUGCGACAUUGCGGAAACAAACUGCGAAGUCAUUGAGAUCCGAGCGCCGAAGGAUUCAGGGGAUGGUAUCACGAAGGAUAUAUUCAUUCAGCAAGUUAGCGAUGCGAUGUACGGCCGAGCCGCAGAUGCAGGAGAAAACAACGAAGGCAUCAAAUACUGGAUAGGUGGUGAAGAUGAUAGGCCGGUUAUUGAGCAAUUUGAUUAUAUGAUACAGGGCGGGAAUUCUGGUGAGGUUCACAUCAUGGGACACAUCUUUGCGUUGACGAAGGGUAUUUCGCCAAAGGCGCAGUACGAAAAGGCUAGUUAAUAGGUACCCUAGGUAUUCAAGUACACGGCCAGGGAUGGGAAAUGAUGGGAAAUGAUGGGAAAUGAUGGGAAACGUGGGGAACACGCGCCCUGCCUUGUAAAGAUGCAUAAUUCGCGUACAUACAGAGACAUGGACAUACGGAGACAUGGGCAGGUUAUUGGAAAGUUACAGCAACUUGAAGCGACUUGGUGAAAGGGUUAUGUCAACUUUUGAAAGUUGAUUUAUUCGGUUACUCGUAGUGUACGUGCGCGUGGAGGUGGCUAUGACCAACAUGAGACGAGACAGCUGUGGGCGACUAAGGUACGAGGAAUAAAUGAUGUUAAUAGAAACAACAACAACGACGACGACGACGACAAGAAAAAAAAAAGGAAAAUAAAUUGUAGCUACAAGGCAAGUUUUAUGAUAAUGCAUUAAAAAGCUACACUAACUGACCGCGUCAUACUGUCUGGACUGUUUGAGCGUUCCGGAUUCUACUGCCCAAAUACCUGUUAUUGUUCUUAUAAGAGAUGAUUAUUAUCUCCGAAUAUGUGGAGAGAAGUUGGCCGCAGCUUGUUUCUCCACCAAACGAGACAAGAUAUAAGAGACUCAAGGGGUUUUGUAUU